UAGUAUUAAAAUAUUCAUAUACGUAAAAUCUAUCUUAACUCAAGGAAGGGUUAUAAAUCUGUUCAAGAUUUGAAGUGUAAUAAUUGAUGGACCAAAGUUUUCUUUGUAUAUAUCACUAUCAGCAAUCUGCAUGGAUAUCACGGAAUAAUCUUGAUGAAGAUUUUAAAAGUGCUCUACAUAUUGAGUGUGUUAGAAAUGGAAUCAAGGAUUAUUUAUAAAGGGAAAAUGCUUUCUUGGAAUUAUAAAGAUUGUUGACAAGCAGAUGGGAGAGAUGUAUUUUGCGCUUGAAAGGCCACCAGCUUUCACGCCUGAUGUGAAUUACAAAUCAACUAUAACCAAAAUCCCGGCAAGCUCCAAGUACAUGCAAUCUACGAUUGGAGAGUCGCCUGUUGCAAAUUCGCAGUGUGCGCGUGGUAAUACCCCUUUAACACCGAUGUAUGGUCUUGAUAAAACACUGUUCUUUCGUGGGGAUGGAAGCACAGUUGUACAAGCCAUGUGGUCAAGUUGUCCCUCCAAAUAUAUCUGGAGCAUGCGCUGUGAGAACUUUGUAUUUGGCAAGAGAAAAUGCCUGCUCAGUGAAACUUACUUUGGUGUUUACAUACAUGGCGAUAUGAAUGAUGCACCGAUGGAUGACAUAGUUCAAGACCUUUGCCGGGCUACUGGAAUCAGAUUUGGCAUGGAAAAUUUCAAAUGGUUCUUUUCAUUUGGUGAAAACACUCUCUGCUGAUACAUACAGGAACGGACAACGCCAACAGCAGCCACCGAAAUUGUCUUCGAGAAUGAAAGAAAAAAUCAACAAAAUGAUGUUGGAAACAACAAAAGUAUUAUAACUGGCUUCUACUUGUGCAAGCUCAAAAAACUGAUUUCUGCAAACGUGGAAAAAAUUAUGUCAGAAUGCUGUUAUGUAGUAAUCAUUUACAUUUAACAUUUUUCUUGAGUCAUCCAAUAAAAUUUGUUGUAGAAAAAAAGUCAUUGUCCGAACAAAAAAAAUCUUGAUAAGUUGAAGCACAUGGUCUUAUCCAAUACAUAAAUAACACCGUGGAUGACAUCACACGGUUUCUAGAAUAGGUAUGAUUGCUCAAUGACUCCGGACAAUUAUUUAUGUUUCAAUACAGAACUACUUUAAAUAAGCCAUUUUCAAUGUUCGAAAUUUGUGAAUUAUUACAUUUUGUUCCUUUUUUUUCCAACCUUUUGAGCAUAUCAUCUUCCGUAUCAAAUACAACAAGCAAAUUAUAGGAUAAAUGAUCCUUUGGUGAGACACAAGAACACGCAGAAACUACAACAACAGUGCAAUCUCUGUAGAGCAACACCCUUUGGGAGAGGGCCGCUCUGUAUUUCUUUUGAAACAGCGGCCUUAUGAUAUCAUCGAACUAUCUCAUUACUAAAAGCGAAGUGUCUUUGUUUAAAUAGAUUAUUUAUCCCCCCACCAAAGGUGAAGGGGAUAUUAGAAAUGCUCUCCGUCCGUGCGUCCGUCUGUCCGUCCGUCCGUCCGUGCGUCCGCAACGAUCUUUGUCCGGAGCAUAACUCCAAAAGUACUUGAGGGAUUUUCUUCAAACUUCAUACACUGAUAGAACACAUUGGGAGGAAGUGCAGUGUGCAAGAACAAUAACUCUACCUUGCCUAUUUUUUGAGUUAUUCCCCUUUAUCUUAUUUUCUUAAAAAAUUUUGUCCGGAGCAUAACUCCAAAAGUACUGGAGGGAUUUUCUUCAAACUUCAUACACUGAUAGAACACAUUGGGAGGAAGUGCAGUGUGCAAGAACAAUAACUCUACCUUGCCUAUUUUUUGAGUUAUUCCCCUUUAUCAUAUUUUCUUAAAACAUUUUGUCCGGAGCAUAACCCCAAAAGUACUGGAGGGAUUUUCUUCAAACUUCAUACACUGAUAGAACACAUUGGGAGGAAGUGCAGUGUGCAAGAACAAUAACUCUACCUUGCCUAUUUUUUGAGUUAUUCCCUUUUAUCAUAUUUUCUUAAAAAAAUUUGUCCGGAGCAUAUCUUCUUCAUGCAUGGAGGGAUUUUGAUAUAUCUUGGCACAAAUGUUUACCACCACGAGGCGGAGUGUCAUACGCAAGAACCAGGUCCCUAGGUCUAAGGUCAAGGUCACACUUAGAGGUCAAAGGAUACAAGAAUAAAAACCUUGUCCGGAGUAUUUCUUCUUCAUG